AUGCUGUGCCGCUGGCGCCGCCCUGCGCGCCACACGCUACAGCCGCACGGCCCGCCCCGCCCCUCGCACCGCCCCUCCGCCCGCCGCCCCUCGCCGCACCCCUCGAACGCGCAUCCGACGGCGGGGGCGGGGGCGGGGGGGAGCGCGCCGCUGCAACACGCGCGCGCACCAAUCGGCGCAUUGGGGCGGGGGAGGGGGAAGGGGGGGGGGGUGGGGCUACGAAACGACCGGGGCGACGGCGCGCACGAGACGAGCGCCGUCGGCUCGUUCCUCCCGCGGCCGCUUGGACAGUUCUGUCGCAAAUGGCCGCGGGAGGAGGGUUGCCACGUUGCGCCCUCGUCUCGCGCGCCCACCGUUGCCGGUGGCGGCAGGGCACACGCAACACACAAGAUCGCCGGCCAGAAUGAGCUGCCGCUACGGGCCACGCACUCGAUGCGGACACGUCAAGCGGCGUGCGACAUUACGGAGCGAUCGCUCCACCAACGGAUGCCAGCUGGAAACAUUAGGCGGCCCCUUGCGUCGUAUACCACACGCCGGAACAAUGCGGAGCGAUCGAGGGACGUGUACAUA